UCGGACACUGUAUCCAUCUGAUCUCGAUUUCGUUCGGGAUCCGUCCGCCCGUCUAUGUAUACACCACCUGGUUCAUCAAUUCAGCGCCUGUUUAACAAGAUCCCUAGCUUGUCUGCCCAGAUCAGAGCAGAUUCAGAUCGACCGGAUCGCCGGAUUGUGAACAAAGGCUAGGCUCGACCACCAGAGAAAUCGAUCAGUUCAACCACCGCCACGAAGCUUGAUCAAUUACACGUGAGCCAGCAGCAUCGACCAUAGAUGUCUGUCGUACUGUACAAGAGGAGCCCUCCUCCUCCAGAACCCGAAGAAGAUGAUUCAUAUCCGCGUCCUCCUACCUCCCCAUCUUUUGAAUGCCCAGAAGAUUCGCCCAUUGCUGAUGACAUUACCGAAGAGAUUCGUCCGAACGCCCACUUCUCGGAUAAUGGCCACAGGGAUCUAAAACUUGACAAUCCCGGAUUCCUCAUCGCGGACGACUUUGAUUCAUUAUAUAAUGAAGAUUGCAGUUUCUCCAAGGAAGACAUGGAAAGGCAAAGUAAUCAGUAUGCAACGGCCGCACUCGACCACUACAACGGUCAAGAAAAGAACUUGAUCAAGUAUGAGCUACUCAAAGCCAUCACUAGCUCCGCAAUCAUAUCUGUAAGGGGCCUUUAUGGCCAUGUAAACUUCACAGCCAAAAGCACUUUGGAGAACUCAAAGGAGGAGUUCUUCUUUGCAGAGCUAUGCCAUGAUCGUGAUUGUCUUGUAUAUAUACCUACAUGCAUAGUUUCCUUGGAAGGAAAAGAAAGAAUUGGUGGGGUUCGGGGCAUCAAAGGUAAUGAUGGUUAUUAUGGCAUGGAAAUUCGUGUUGACACCCAAUAUUGCUAUGCUUGUGAUGACGAACUCAAGCACCCGGAGGAUGGAACAUUAUACGAAGCCGGUCAUCAAGUGGAUGGUUUUUAUGACUAUUGUUGAAGUCAAUAAGUGAUUUGUAUGGGAAUUAUUAAGAUUUUAUUUGUGUUGUCGCAGUGAGACUGAGUGCUACUUAUUUUGUUAUUAUAAGUUGUGUUGUCAUCAUUUACUUGGGUGUUAGAUAACUACUAUAUUAAAGACCAACCCACUUCACUUUUCUUAUAAUUUUGGGGAGGCUGGAGGGUUAACCAGGCUUCGACACGUCAACAUUUGGCAAGGUUUGCCUUUUGCAAUUU